UAUAUGAAGAUGGCUUUUGGUUUAUGCGCCAUUGUUCUUGUUUCUUCAUGGGCUUCGAUGGCAUAUGCUUCCGAUCCCGGCCAGCUUCAGGAUUUCUGCGUUGCUGCUCCCGAUUCCAGCUCUGCGGUUUUUGUGAACGGGAAGUUUUGCAAGAACCCGAACAUGGUGGUCGCAGAUGAUUUCCUCAGACAGGGUCUAAACAAGGCCGGAAACACGUCCAAUCAGGCUGGAUCGGCCGUGACUGCAGUCAAUGUUAACCAGCUUCCUGGGCUCAACACUCUAGGCGUUUCCCUAGCUCGCCUCGACUUCGCCCCCUACGGGAUAAACCCACCCCACACCCACCCGCGUGCCACCGAAGCCUUCCUCUUGAUGGAAGGCACUCUCUACGUGGGGUUCGUCACCUCCAACCCAGCCGAUCCGGCCCAGAAGAACAAGCUAUUCACCAAGUAUUUGUACCCCGGAGAUGUGUUCGUCUUUCCACAAGGUCUCAUCCAUUUCCAAUUGAACGUCGGAAAGACCAACGCCGUUGCAUUUGUUGGCUUCGGCAGCCAGAACCCGGGUACCAUCACCAUUGCCAACGCGGUGUUCGGGUCGGACCCCAAGAUCAACCCGGAUGUGUUGGCUAAGGCUUUCCGGGUUGAGAAGAACAUUAUUGAUUACAUUCAGGCUCAGUUCAACUAAAACUAAAACCUCUGCCUAAAAUAGACACGCAAUAUAUGGUGUGUCCAAUUCAUAUAAUAAUUUGAAUAGUCUUUACUUAUUACAUCUGCGUGACUUGGAAAAUUAUGUGUAUCCGAGUGUUAUAUUUCAUUGAUGCUACAAGUUUUUGCACAAAUAAAAUUCUUUCAUGUA